UGUGCACAAUCAGAUAGAGAGUAAAACGUUUUAUUUGAUCAAUAGGUACAUGCAUGAUAAUCUGGGGGUAUGUAUGCGUCAUGGUUUCACCCAACCGUCAAGGCCACAUAAUAGCAACUCUCCCGAAGGAGAGCGGGUACGGAAGGUACAGGAAUAUGACGCCGCACCAUCACACAAGCUCAGCCCUCAUCCCCUACAACGAAUCAACACCGCGAGGCGGACUCAGUCGCAAAGGAUAUAACGAGAACGAACCAGGCAACGAUGCUUGAUCUUGUGAGCGCCCCGAAGAGCGCCUCGCUCCAUCAACCAGAAAGCAACAACGCCAUGCAGAAGAGUGAACUUCUGUGCUGUUAGCUGACGCUUCAUGCGGUCGAUU